AUUUCACAUUUUGUCGACUGCUUGGAGAAGUAAUACAAACAUGGCGUCAGUGAGGAGAUGCACUCUGUUUCUAGGAAGGACUUUCGGCAGGUAUUUUGUCGGCCAGCGGGGUUUGUCGGGGAAGGCCCACCCCCAUAAGUCGAGGUUUGGCCCCCACCAUGCGGGUGGAGCCCUGCUGGCAGCCGGACUGGUGGUCUACGCUGGCUCUAAGAGCUCGGACGGGCACAUCUUCAAGCCGAAGAAGAGAGAGGAGGACGUCUUUGCUGCUAAAGCUGUAAAAUUGACAUCUCGUGAACGCCGAUUUAUCAAAUUUGCAUCAGUUCAGUAUGAUGGUCAACUGUACAUGACUCCUCAAGAUUUUUUGGAAUCUGUUGUGGAGCAGGAACCUCGUCCUCGCCUAAAGCGCCGCACUUUAACUGACAAGGAUUUGGCUUCUAUUCGAGAUUCAACUCCUCCACUGAAAAAAGGAUCAACUCAAAUGUUUCGCAGCCUGCGAGACAAAGGAAUAAUUUCAUUUACGGAGUAUUUGUUUCUUCUAUCUAUCCUUACAAAACCACAGUCAGGAUUUCGAAUAGCAUUUAACAUGUUUGACACUGAUGGAAACGAAAGAGUAGACAAGAAUGAGUUUCUGGUGCAGAUUCGGAGAUUAUUUAGCAGUGGCAAGAUUCCCAAGGACCGUAUGGAAGAUGAAGCAACUCGGAAGGCUAUGGAGAAAAUCUUCAGCCAUGCUUGGCGGGAUAAGCGUGGUUUACCCUCCGAAGAGGAUGAGGAAAAGGCAAAGAGUAAAGGCAAAGAUGGUUCACCAGCUGACAAUCAAGAAUCCCAAGCAGAGAAAGAUUAUGUCGAUGACGAACAGGGGCUGCAAAGACGUCAUUUAGUGGACACAACCUUGACCACUCAUUUUUUUGGCAAGAAGGGGAAGGAUGAACUGAAAUUUGAAGGAUUCCGCAGAUUUAUGGAAAACCUUCAAACUGAAGUUUUAGAGCUAGAGUUUCACGAGUUCUCCAAAGGGGCUGAGACGAUUAAUGAGGUGGACUUUGCCAAGAUUAUGCUACGUUACACUUACCUUGAUACAGACAAGUAUGAUAUGUACUUGGAUCGUCUUCUUGAUCGUGUGAAGGAUGAAAAGGGAAUAACAUUUGAAGAGUUCCGUAUAUUUUGUCAGUUUCUAAAUACUUUGGAUGACUUUGUUAUUGCAAUGCGAAUGUAUACUUUGGCUGAUCAUCCAAUAUCUAAAGAUGAGUUUCACAGGGCUGUAAAAAUUUGUACGGGUACCAGUCUUAGUCCACAUUUGGUGCACACUGUUUUUGCUCUUUUUGAUGAAGAUGGUGACGGAUUACUCAGCUACCAGGAGUUCAUUGCUAUUAUGAAAGAUCGUUUACAUCGUGGAUUCAAGUCGCACGCUAAAAAUGAAGGAUAUGACGCUUUCAAAGAAUGUGUCAAACAAGAGCUGAAGUCAAGUUCCUAAACUGUGAAUUGAGCCUUUCCAAAGCUCUCAAGAGAAGAAAUGUAGCUGUUUUUUUUUUCUCCUUUCCUUUUUUUUUAUUGUAAUGGUAUAUACCUUUCUUUCAGGUCAACGAAUUUAAAGAAUUUAUGUUUAUCCUGAUAGAUAAAUAAUCACUAGUCAGAUAUUAAAUUGAUAUGUUUUUUUCUUCUCAUGUUUUGCUCAGAAUGUCCUAAAUUAAUUGAAGCUUUACUUCCACUGCACAUUUUAUGUGAAUGUUAUGUAAUUUCUCUCUUCCUUAACAACAGUAUUUACUUAUUUUUCAGCAGACAAGAGAAAACAUUGAAUUGUGUGGCAGCUAAAAGUUCAGUCGUUCUCUUUAUUUCGUAGUUUCUCAAAUUGUACAUAACUCCUUUAUUUUAAUUGAUGCCACAAAUCUGUGAUACCUUAAGUUUUACUGUUCUCAGAGCCAUUCAGUAUGCACAAGUUUCAGUUUAUAUCUGCCUUUUACUGGUGCUCUAAUUUUCUUCAUACUGCAUGUGUUUGGGUACUUAAAGGAAAGGCAUCAUCCCUUAAACUCUUUCUUAAUGUAUUUUAAUCAAGUAUUUUUUUAUAGGCUCUAAGUUGCUCUAUGUUUUGUUUUGCUUCAAGACUUAAUAGUUUUACUAUUUUACUACUACCUACAAGACUUCCUUGCUCUAGUCUUAUGUGUAACUUGUUUUGUUUUUUGAAGAUUUUGUUUAUUAGCAAAGAAAGUGAUUAUGAAGAAGUUUGGAAAUCUUUGUGAUAUAAUCAGAAAAACCAGACACCAUAUUCGUAUGUUGUAGAGUGCCAUAAAUGUUACUGUUUUUGACAACAUAUGCUUUCACUUUCCUCAUCCACUGUUCGAAGUUCUUGUUGGAGUAGCUCUAAAGAUAAAUGAUCAACACAAAUGCCUA